AUGUCGAUCCAAGUGCAGGAAUCCCGAGAACACCAAGAACACCAGGAGUCCAAUUACGUGGACUCUGACGAGCCCUCUGUAUUCAACUUUGACCACGAUGAGGACGAACGUGAUCGCGCCGAGCCUUCGUCUCCUUCGUCUUCCUCCUUCGACAAAUCCUCCAUCGCCCAACUGAUCUCCACCUACGGUUCCUCUUCUUCCACCGCUUGGCUCGAGUUCUCCCGCUACAAAAUAUGGCAGGCGCCCGCCUCUUUCCUCGCCGAGAACCCCACUUCCACCUUCCUCCCCAUCCAAGGGUACAUGCAACACAAACAAUACAUCUUUGCAUGGGGUAACCCUCUCGUCUCCGAUCCUUCUCUUCUCGGUCCCACCGCCAAGGCCUUUGUGUCCUGGGCAGUCGAUGAACAAAAAGCAAAACCCGUGUGGUGUUGUACCGAUCUCGCUCUUGAGACCGUUUUGGCCAACAACAACAAAGAACGUGGUCUCGGAUGGUCUACGGUCGAGUGGGUCGGUGCAGUCAAGGAUUUGAAAAAGAAUCUCCGGAGGGCAGAGAGAGCUGGUGUUUCUGUUGACGAGACGACCGAAAACUGGUCGCAGCAUGAUAGACAGGAAGUGGAAGAUGGCUUAUUUGAGUGGAGAAGGAGUAAAGGUCUGAAAGGUGUCCAGUUGGCCUCUACCACUGGACUUCCAUGGGUAGAUGAGCAGCACCGCCGAUAUUUGGUCGCUCGCCACGAGGGCCACAUUGUCGGGAUUUUGAUCCUCACUCCCAUUCACGGGCCAUACCAGCCCCCUGCCUCCGAGGUAUCAUCCGUACCAGCCCCAGCCCCAGUCACAACUGCAUCGCCGAAACAGAAACGCAAAUUCUUCCUUCCUGCACGAGGGCACCAAAAGUCCUCUCCGGAGACAUCUCCCGAACGAGGAUCUUCCCAAUCUACCUCUUCGUCGGAUUCUGAGUCUCCCAUUCAAUCCCCCAUAUUCUCGUCCCACAGUCUCUCUUCAUCUUCCUCCUCUCUCAACACCGAUUUCUCUCUCGAUAUGUCGUCCAAGUCCGCUCUCACCUCGCGUUACUACCUCAUUAAAAACGCCAUCUCUUUCCCUUCCGCACCCCGAGGAACGUCUGAGCUCCUCAUCCACACCUCGCUUGAGCUCCUUCAAAAAGCAUCGCCUUCACGACCUCCCAAGGUCACUUUUGGAAUAACAGCGUCCGACACGCUCCAUCCGAAAGCUAACCUCUCGGGAUGGAAAAUUGCUGGACUGUCGAAGGUGUAUUCGAAGGUAGCUGGAACGGCCGGAUUACUGAAACGAGGCGAUUUCAGGGCCAAGUUCGAUUCUGGAAGGGUACCGAUGUAUGUCUGUUAUCCUACCACGGAGGGUGGAUUUGGGAUUGAAGGUGUUAAGGCGUUGUUGAAGGUGUUGAAAAAGUGA